CUGUCCUUGCCUCCCUGUUCAGUGCUCCACUUCCAGAGGCAGCAGAUGUCCAACAGCAGCUCCAUCACUGAGUUCCUCCUCCUGUCAUUUGCAGACACGCGGGAGAUGCAGCUCUUGCACUUCUGGCUCUUCCUGGGCAUCUACCUGGCUGCCCUCCUGGCCAACAGCCUCAUCAUCACCGCCAUUGCCUCUGACCACCGCCUCCACACACCCAUGUACUUCUUCCUCCUCAACCUCUCCCUCCUUGACCUGUCCUCCAUCUCCACCACUGUCCCCAAAGCCAUGACCAACUCCCUCUUGGACACCAGGGCCAUCUCCUACCCAGGAUGUGCUGCACAGGUCUUUCUGUUUGUCUUUUUGAUGUCAGCAGAGUAUUUUCUUCUCACUGUCAUGGCCUACGACCGCUACGUUGCCAUCUGCAAACCCCUGCACUAUGGCACCCUCCUGGGCAGCAGAGCUUGUGUCCACAUGGCAGCAGCUGCCUGGGGCACUGGUUUCCUCUAUGCUGUGCUGCACACUGCCAAUACAUUUUCACUACCCCUCUGCCAAGGCAAUGCUGUGGACCAGUUCUUCUGUGAAAUCCCCCAGAUCCUCAAGCUUGCUUGCUCAGAUGCCUACCUCAGGGAAGUUGGGGUACUUGUAGUUGGUGUCUGUUUUGGAUUUGGGUGUUUUGGUUUCAUUGUGCUGUCCUAUGGGCAGAUCUUCAGGGCUGUGCUGAGGAUCCCCUCAGAGCAGGGACGGCACAAAGCCUUUUCCAUGUGCCUCCCUCACUUGGCUGUCGUCUCCCUUGUUAUCAGCACUGCAGUGUUUUCCUACCUGAAGCCUCCAUCCACCUCCUCCCCAUCCCUAGAUCUGGUGCUGGCAGUUCUGUACUCAGUGGUGCCUCCAGCAGUGAACCCCCUCAUCUACAGCAUGAGGAACCAGGAGCUCAAGGAUGCCCUGAGGAAACUGGCAACUGAAUGGUUUUCAGCAGCCAUAGACUGCCUACGUUCCUUUGCAAGUGACUCCCAGUACUUGGAUGGACCACAAGAAACAUCCAUGAUCCUGGAAAAGGCAGAAACUUCUUGCAGUGCCAUAACUGCAGGGGAGGCGGGAAGUCUGGAUUUUGUUAACAACGAUGAACAUAAUUUUAAAAUGCAGCCCACAGUGUCCGAGUUCCUUUCUUACUGGGGUCAUAACAGACCAGCACCUCCUCAGGAAAAAAACACUCUCUCAGCACCCUUGGAUGCAGCCCCUAUGGUUCCCAGGGACUGGUCUCCCACGUCUCUGUUGCCCUCAGGCAGGACUCAAAGAGGAGGAGAACAGCCAGCAGUGGAUGAGGACCAAGUCAGGGGCUACCUGAGCAAAUGCACCCCUUUAGACAGCCUGCAUCCAAGGGUGCUGAGAGAGCCAGCCAAUGCCAUUGUAAGGACACUCUGCAUCAUCUUGGAACAGUCAUGA